CGCUAGUUCCCUUACCCUUUUCUUAGUUCAGUCACCGGAGCUGCUGCAUAGACAGAACCACCACGAUGGAAUCCAUCCAGGUUGCAAACAUCGCUUUUGUGGUCGACGUAUUCAAAAAAUUGAGUGAAAAGGAUAAAACGGCCAAUAUUAUUUUUGCUCCCCUUUGCACUUCGACUUCUCUGGCUCUCGCCUAUAAAGCCGCUCAGGGUGAUACAGCAACCCAAAUGAAACAGGGCCUCCAUCUAGAAAAUGUCAAAGAUGUUCCUUUUGGCUUCCAAACACUAACAGCAGAUACUUCCAAACUUAGCUCUUUUUAUUCGCUGAAAAUGGUCAAACGGCUCUAUGUAGAAAAAUCCCUGAGCCCCACUACGGAGUUUAUCAGUUCUAUCAAAAGACCUUUCCCAUCAGAAUUUGAGCUGGUCGAUUUUAAAGACAAAGCAGAGGACACCAGGGUACAAAUCAACAAAUCUGUUUCUGACUUAACUGACGGCAAAAUGGAGAACAUUUUGGUUGAGGGGACUGUUAAUGACCAGACAAAGAUCAUCCUCAUAAAUGCAGCCUAUUUUACAACAAACUGGAUGAAGAAAUUUCCUGAGGAACAAAUCAAAGAAUGCCCUUUCAGAAUAAACAAGACUGAAACCAAACCAGUGCAGAUGAUGAACUUGGAAGCCACGUUUUGCCUGGGUUACAUAAAUGAUUUGAAAACCAAGAUUCUGGAACUCCCUUGUCACAACAAACACAUGAGCAUGCUCAUCUUACUACCUAAAGAUAUUGAAGAUGAUACUACAGGCUUGGAGCAGCUUGAGAAAGAGUUAACACCCGAGAAGCUCCUGCAAUGGACCAAUCCCAGUGCAAUGGCCAACGCCAAAGUGAAUGUGUUUCUUCCUAAAUUCAAGAUCAACGGGGAGUAUGAUUUCAAGCCAGUUUUAGAAAGCCUUGGCAUGACCCACCCGUUUGAUGAAAAUGUGUCUGAUUUCUCUGAAAUGUCCGAGACCAAAGGGGUGGUUCUGUCACAGGUGCUCCACAGAGUCUCACUGGACGUGGUUGAAGACGGGGCAGACUCCCGAGACGUGCCGGGAUACCGGAUCCUACAACACAAAGAUGAAUUUAAAGCUGACCAUCCAUUUGUUUUCUUAUUUAGGCACAACAAAACUCGCAACAUUAUUUUUGCUGGCAGAUUCUGUUCUCCUUAAAUGGAACAUGAGAAAAUCUAGAUUUAUAAAUAUAUAUAUUGCUUCCCCUUUUCUACGACCCUUUGAAACCCAAGUAUCAAGUUUUGAAAGAUAACUAAGAUGCUUUCUAGCUCGAGUAGGAAGUAUAAUUUUAUAUGAAACUCAUAUUCAAACAAGAUAUUCGAAGCAGAUAUGCAUAAUUUUUAUAGGCAGCCGGGGAACCGUUUUAUUCUAUGACUUUAAAACAAUGCAGCUAAUCUCCCUCAUUUGAGGGAAUGGUUAGAAUUUGGAGGGCAACGCUUCAAAUGAUUGUCUGGAUCUAAAAAAAACACUAUCUAGCUAGAACAACAGUUAGUUACUAAUAGGGUGAUUUCCCACAGUGCAUUCAGCAGAGCUCAACUUGAGUCGGCCGGGCAGGAAUGUACUCAAUUACAAGGCAGCUCCACUUGUGAAACUCUAGAAGAAUAAAUUUACAUUCAGAACAGCCCUUACAGAGAAACAACAGCCUCAUUUAAUAUAGGCAUUCCCUCCGCCGGAGAUUUCUGUUUGAACCAACAAACCACAGAACAAGCUGUCACAAGUUACAGUCCCCUGCUUCGUUUCAGUCCAACAAAUGCUUUCCGGCUCCGUGAGUUUCCGGCUGUACGCAUGCUCUCAAUGGUUGAUUAUGAUUGGCUGGCCAAAAGCGUGCCGUGAUUGGUUAUAGGGAAACUAAGCCCUGAUUGGGCAGAGACAGGAAUGAUGCAAUUGGCUGGAGGGGCGAGUCGAGUCGAGCUCAACAGACAGUCCGCGCAACCUUGAGCUCGACACGAGUUCAUUCAAAAGUACUAGGUCGGAGCAGGGAUCGAGAAGUCCCGGCUUAGGUGAGUCGAAGGAGAAUCAGACUUGCGUCGAGAUCUGUGCCUGUGCGGACUACCCGAGCCGGACACAAGUCGAGCUCUGCUGUUAAUGUGCUGUGCGGAAUCACCCUAAAACUGUUACUGGAACUGUACAAAUCUUAUAUUGCUAGGAGUAAACAAGUAGGAGAUCACAAAUCAUCUGGCAACUUGUGAAGGUAGAUUCUGAGCUGGAGGCCUGUAGGGAGGGUGGGGAGGAUUUAAUCAUCCACUUUACAUGGAUUUGAAUAACCGAAGUGCCCCCCCCCCCCAAUCCUGUCAGCUUUGAAAGGAGACAGGCACCUGUCUUGCUCUUCUGUGUUUUCUCUCUCAAGGCUAAAAGGAUUGUAUGUGUGUGUGUGUGUGGGGGCACUCUCAGUCAACAACUGGGUAUUAAACUAUCUUUCCUCCCAGCCCCCCAGCCCCAUAGCCUCACUCUGAAUUGAGGCCAUUAUUUGCCCUUCUCUGCACUAAUUAUGGUGCCCAAACCAUACUUAAGGGGAUAUGGCACUACCUAUGAUCUUUCUGAUAAGCACAAAGAGGGCAAGCGCAUAUAUUUUGCCACUUCAACACUUCAGUACUCAUGAUUGGAUACCCAGAUUUUUGAGAUGUGUUUGUGUGUACUGAUGGAGCGAAAUACCAGCACUGGUUGAUUCAUGCCCUAUGGAAACUCAAGUAUUGGAAGGAUUCUGAGUAGUUCAAUAUUUCCUUAAACAUUUUGAGGUCCGCAAUUUUAAUGACUCUUAAUGAAUUUUAAUGAAUUUUAAUGGAGCAGCAGUGGCGUAGGAGGUUAAGAGCUCGUGUAUCUAAUCUGGAGGAACCGAGUUUGAUUCGCAGCUCUGCCGCCUGAGCUGUGGAGGCUUAU